UAUGUAAUAUGUAGGUUGUCCUGCUUGCAUGUAUAUAAUUAAUACAAGCAGCAAUGCAUGGAUGGCAAUGACUUGGUUAUUAAUACUUGUAGCAUAAGUUCUGAAUCGACUAUGAAACACUUGUAUCGUUUUCCUCAAUUUCCUCUCAUCUCCUACAAUUUAUUAUGUAUUAUUUUUACACCGCCAUUGAUAAUAUAUAUAAGUGUAAUUUUGCUUUUGAUCACUGAUUCACGAGUAGAGUAUUGACUGAUAGUGUUUGCUUAGAGAGAAAAAAAAGGAAAAGGAGAAAAAGCUGUGCUUUUAUUUUUUAUUUGGAGGAAUUUGAUUAGAUAUGGUUGAGAUUCUUGGUGAGAUUGAGCCUCCUAGCCCUGUUUAUGAGGCGGAGCUACCGGAGGAGGAUGAAGAACAAGAGGAGGAGAUCAGCUACGAAGAGCUGAAGAAGCGGAUGUGGAAGGAUCGGUUGCGGAUGCAGAGAUUGAAGGAGACACGAGAGAGUUCAAGGUCCGAUCAUCAGUCGGGGGUGAGGCAAGAAGCGUCUCGCCGCAAGAAGAUGUCUCGUGCUCAAGAUUCCAUCCUCAAGUACAUGGUGAAAAUCAUGGAAGUCUGCAAAGCGCAAGGGUUCGUCUACGGGAUAGUUCCGGAGAAAGGCAAGCCUGUUACCGGCUCAUCAGAUAGCUUACGCAAGUGGUGGAAGGAGAAGGUUCAGUUCGACAAGAGUGCUCCGCUUGCAGUCGAUGAAUUCUUGCCGAUAAUUGCGGAACAAGGCGAAUUGGACCCUGUUUCUUGUAUGCAUCUCCUUCAUGACUUGCAGGAUACUACUUUGGGAUCACUUCUUUCUGCUUUGAUGCAACACUGCGCGCCUCCUCAACGUAGGUUUCCGUUGGAAAGAGGUUUAGCCCCACCUUGGUGGCCAACCGGAAACGAGCUUUGGUGGGGCGAACAAGGGAUGUCUCAAGAACAAGGCCCUCCUCCUUAUAGGAAGCCUCAUGAUCUUAAAAAGGCUUGGAAAGUUAGUGUAUUGGCUGCUGUGAUCAAGCACAUGUCCCCAAAUAUAGAUAGGAUAAGAAGGCUGGUGACUCAAUCUAAAUGUUUGCAAGACAAGAUGACAGCCAGAGACACCGUCACUUGGUCUAAAGUGGUUAACCAAGAAGAAGCUCUUUUAAAGCUUACUGAGAAAUGUCUCAAAAUCUCACCUACAAAAGAUGAUGAGGAAGAACAGGAUUCUGAGUAUAGCCUUGCAGCUGACGAAGGCAAGCAUGGUGAGAAGAUUACCGUAUCUGGAGAGAAAAGGAAGUGUCUUUUCAAGCGACAGGUUACCCCGAAUACGAUAUAUGCUUGCCAGAAUUCCAUGUGCCCGCGGAGUGCACUGGAACUAGGUUUUACAGGCAAGAACACAAGGAGUGACCAUGAAUCCAGUUGUUCCUAUCGGUCUAAAGAAAGCGAUGUUAGCCAAGAAAGCAGUGAGGAAUCGGAAUUUUCCAAUAGAAAUCUUGCUCCAUAUGAUCAUCACUCUUUUGGUCCUCAGGCCAAAUUGAACACAGAUAGCUUGGGCGAUGCCCAGAAAGUACUUGCUGUCACGGAUUGGCUCGAUAUGGAGCUAGCAAAGGCUAAUGACCAACAUAGAAAUAUGCAAUCAGAUGAAGUAGGGGAUAUAUCUGGCACGGUUUCGCAAGAUUAUAUAAACUAUUUGGGUGGUGCAAUUGAAGAUCUACCAGUACCAGCAGAAUUUCUACUUCAAUUAGGAGAUAUGGACUUAGACCCAUCUCUUCCAUUAUUGCUAGAGAACAUCCAAGAGCAAGGAUUAACUUCAAUUUGGGAUAUGGGAUUUGAUGGAAUAUCGGAAUCAUAAGUCGAGCAAAGACUGAAAGAUUGAGUAAGCUGGACAACUACAAGCUCAAGUUUGUUCCACACUUUGAAAUUUUAAAUGCUGCAGGGGAUUCACUUCCAACGGCAAAUAUGCUCAAUGAAGUCUUUUUAUUUACUAGAAA